AUGGCACUGCUCUCGGCCGUCGGGGGCGCGACCUGGCAUUGCUGCGGUCGCCUCCUCACGCGUCCUUUCUCCCAAGCGUCAGGGCGUGGGGAGCGGCCCGGCGGGGAGGAGCUAAGCCGUCUGCUCCUGGAUGACCUGGCGCCGACUCCGCGGCCGGCCGGGGGGCUGGAGCUUCUGUUUGGCCUGUCCCCGUGUCUCCUGGCUCUGCGGGCCGCCCGCCGCCGCGUAGCCCGGCUCCUGCUCCAGGCCGGUAGGUCCAGGCUGCAGGGGGAGCGGGCCGAGCUGCUGCGCGCGGCUGAGGCGCGGGACAUCCCGGUUCUGCGGCCCAGUCGGCGGAAGCUGGACGUCAUCUGCCGCUACCAGGUCCACCAGGGCGUCUGCAUGGAAGUGAGCCCGCUGCGGCCCCGGCCCUGGGCCGAGGCCGGGGAGGCUCGGCCAGGAGACGACCCCCAGCAGCUGUGGCUCGUCCUCGAAGGGCUACAGGAUCCCCGGAAUCUUGGGGCCGUGCUGCGCUCCGCUCACUUUCUCGGAGUGGAUAAAGUCAUCACCAGCCGGAGAAACAGCUGCCCGCUCAGUCCUGUAGUCAGCAAGGCCAGCGCCGGGGCUAUGGAGGUGAUGGACGUGUUCUCCACUGAUGACCUGGCCGGUUUUUUACAGGCCAAAGCCCGGCAGGGCUGGCUCGUGGCUGGCACGGUGGGCUGCCCGGGGCUUGAGAUCUCCCUGUCUUCUGAGAUCCCCAUCACUAAUUGCUUGGAGUUCCUCUGGGACCGGCCUACUCUUCUAGUGCUGGGGAACGAGGGCUCUGGUCUGUCCCGGGAGGUGCAGGCCUCCUGCCAGCUUCUCCUUAGCAUCCAGCCCGGCCGGCAGCUGCCUCCUGGACUCGAAUCCUUAAAUGUCUCCGUGGCUGCAGGGAUUCUUCUUCACUCCAUUUGCAGCCAGAGGUCGGGUUUCCUGGUGGAAGGGAAGAGAGAGCAACCUCUUCAAGACCCCCAAGAUUCCUCGGCCUCGUCUGAAGUGCCCAGAGUGGCUCAGCACCCAGGACUGUCCUCGGGAUGAGAAGAGGAGAGGCAAGAUGGGGGCUGA